CUCUCUAUAUAUAUAUAUAAACACUCGCAUUUGAGGAUUGGUUAAACAGACUAAUAAGAGGAUCUUCCAACUCUCUGCUUACAAGAUUUAGAGGGAAAUCAAUGGCAGAGGGGCAAGGAGUUCAGAUUCCCAGAGUGCAACUUGGAAGUCAGGGACUUGAGGUCUCGAAAUUGGGAUUUGGAUGUAUGGGCUUGACUGGAGUCUACAAUUCUUGUCUAUCCGAUGAAGAUGGUAUCUCGAUACUAAAGGAAGCUUUCAAUAGGGGAAUCACUUUUUUCGACACAGCCGAUGUAUAUGGACCGCACUCUAAUGAAAUCCUGGUUGGAAAGGCCUUCAAACAGUUACCGAGAGAAAAGGUUCAGAUUGCCACUAAGUUUGGAAUUACAAGAAUUGGAAGUUCUAUGACAGUUAAUGGAACCCCAGAAUAUGUGCGGUCAUGUUGUGAGGCUAGCUUGAAACGCCUUGAUAUAGAUUACAUCGAUCUCUAUUAUCAACAUCGCACUGAUACAUCUAUACCCAUAGAAGAAACUAUGAGUGAACUGAAAAAACUGGUUCAAGAGGGAAAGAUCAAAUAUAUAGGUUUAUCUGAAGCUAGUCCAGACACCAUAAAGAGGGCUCAUGCAGUUCAUCCUAUUACAGCUCUACAAAUGGAGUGGUCCAUCUGGACACGCGACAUUGAGGAGGAGAUUAUUCCUCUUUGCAGAGAGCUAGGCAUAGGCAUCGUUCCUUACAGCCCACUCGGUCGAGGCUUCUUUGCUGGUAAAGCAGUUGUGGAAAGCUUACCUGUUGGCAGUCAGUUGGCUACACAUCCUCGAUUUAUUGAAGAAAACUUGGAGAAGAACAAGCAAUUUUACACACGAAUAGAGAAGCUUGCUGAAAAGCACCAUUGCUCUCCUGCUCAGCUUGCUCUUGCAUGGGUUCUCGAGCAAGGCGAUGAUGUUGUUCCAAUUCCAGGCACAACCAAGAUAAAGAAUUUGGAUCAGAACAUUGGUUCGUUGACAGUGAGGCUCAACAAAGACGACCUUAUCGAAAUUUCUGAGGCCGCACCCGAAAGCGAGGUAGCUGGAAAUAGAACUUAUGAUAGCAUGACUCAUGCAACAUGGAAAUAUGCUACCACACCUCCAAAAGUGAAGGACAUCUCAACCUAAGGCAUUCAAGGUUUGCAUACACCUUAUGCCAAUUUUAUGAGAUUUGGACAUAUAGAAAUCCAGAUUAUUGCAUCAUUUUCAAUACAGAUGUAUGAAGAGUUCUAUAAGUGAUGUUGUCGAUUAGAAUGAAGGCCAUGUUGCUUACUUCCAAGAGAGGUAUUGGCAUUUCUGAGUUAUUAGUAAUGACCACAUAUCAUGCGUGUGAAAUUGUCAAAGUUUUAAAACGAUGUUUAAUUGUUUAAAGAAAAACAAUUUCAAUGCAAAUACAUAAUAUAGACAUGUACAAAUGUUUUCUUUUCUUAAACUAUUAUGCAAUAAGCAAAACAAAGACAAAAUUAUAAAUUAAA